UUGAUUGAUUGAUUGAGUAAAUGAAUGAAUGAAUGACGAUAAUCAAUAAUAAUAAUAAUAAUAAAAGACAAUUAAAGUGAACCAAUCAUGUCGCCAUCAAAUGAUUAUUAUCAAAGCCAUCCAUAUCCAAUGGAUUCACAAACCACCGAUUCGGUUGAAUUGUCAACAAUGAAUAAUAAUCAUCAUACAACAAUGAUUAACAAUGGUAAUAAUCAUCAUAAUUUGAAUCAAUCUGAUUUGAAUACAAUUUCAACACAAUCACAAUUGCCUCAAGUUUUUAUCAUUCAUCAACAAGCUGAACAACAACAACAACAACAACCAUUUUCUAAGAGAUUAAAAUUUCGUACCAUAAUCAUUGUUAUUGUGGCCAUCAUUAUUGCUUCGAUAGCCAUACGUUCAUUAUAUAAAUCAUUUCGUUGUGAUCCUAAUCAUUAUCGUUAUUCUGGAUCCAAUGGUCAUCCUGUACAUAAUAUUUUUCGUAUUGCAGAAAAUCGACGUUAUGUGAUUGAAGAUGGAGCAAAACAUUUUAGUCAUAAUCAUUAUCAACCAGCGAAUGAUAAUCAACAACAAUCAUCAUCAGCAUCAUCAUGGUGGAAUAUGGGAACAUCAUGGUCUUGGUGUCCACAACCAAAUAAUCGACAAGAAUUAUUUGCUUAUCCAUUUGAGUCAGCUACUGAAUCUCCUACAUUAAAGAAUUUAACCGAACAACACAUAAUAGAAUUAUUGAAUUCCACUUCUGGCAGCGGCAAGCAUAAUUGUCAAGCUCAAUUAGAAUCUCGUCUUGAACGAAUGCAACAAGUUUGUUCACAAUAUCGAUUAAGCAAUCGUUUGAUAAGUCCUUGGCAUUCUACAAUACCAGAAUCGUGUCAAACAACACGUCAUUGUCCAUUGAUGAUCGAUAAUAGUACGAAAAUUAUGGCCUGUUUUGUGCCUCGGGUAUUCGAACCAGAAUGGUUUGAAAAAUCAUUCGCUCCUCAUUAUGAGCAUCCUCAAUUAAUAUCACCAAUUCAACAAGCGAAACUAGUCAAUAAUAAUUACAUUCGGAUUAUGUUUGUACGUCAUCCUUUCGUUCGUUUAGUUGAUGCAUUUAGAAAACGAUUCGAAUUAGCGGAAUUUCAACCGGAUGGUAGCCCGUUGAUCAUCAAUAAUGAAACAAUGCAUGUUUGGACAUUUGAAGAAUGGUGUGAAGAAUUAUUGUUGCCAAUUGAUCCAUAUCAAUAUGAUCCAUUAUGGGCGCCAAUCUGGACACAAUGUGAACCAUGCUACAUACAUUAUGAUGUUGUCGGCCAUUAUGAGAAAUUCUAUCAUGAUUUUCGAACAGCUAAAAAACUUUUCACUAAUAAUAGCCCAAAAAAUCCUAACAUUUCACUCACAAACAACGACGAUAAUGAUUGCGAUCAACAAUCCUAUCAAGAAAGUCGAAAAUAUAUUCAACAAUUAAAACCUAAAACAAUAAUGGCAUUAUAUGCAAAAUAUUAUCUAGAUUUUGAAUUAUUUGGCUAUUCAAUUGAUGAUAUCUUUUAGUCAAUUGCUCAAUUAAUAAUUCACAUUUUAACCUCCAGAUGACAGACAUUGUGUAUCAAUUCGUGGAUUCCAUUUGAUCAAUUAAGUGUUG